GGAUAUGAGCUUUAUCAACACUCUAGAUAGUGCCAGAAUACUCGUGCCAGUUCUCGGUUUGGCACUUAGCUGCUGGAUAACACGAUGAAUCCGCAACAACAGUGAAGUCUUCUAGCUUCACUCAUCCGUCAUUUUUUUUGAAGUCAAAUAGUCAAUAAUUCUGCGAAGAAUUGGCUCUACCACCCAUACUCAAAUGCACCAUGGCUUACUUUCCUCAUUUUACCAAUGAUAUCUCUCCUCUAUUCCGGCUUCUAGAUGACUACGACUGUCAUCGCUCUAGCCGCGCGAAGAUAACACCGACAAAGAAACCCAUAACGCUAAAAUCCGAUGUCUUCGAAACACACGAUGCUUUUCAUCUAUCUGCAGAAGUACCUGGCGUUGAAUCCAACGAUAUUCAAGUCGAGUUCUUGGACUCAAAUACACUAGUGAUAAAAGGUCAUGUCAGGAGGCAUAACGGGCAGACAUUCGAGGAAGGACAAGAUCAGACCCCCGUUGCCAAGUCUUAUCACCAGCCAACCGUGGAGGAUGAGAGUGAAGCGGAUGACGCUACGACGUCCCAAUCCUUGAAGAACUCAUCGAAGCAACAACUACUGACGCCAAAAAAGACCGAGUCUACCUGCAAAUAUUGGGUAUCUGAGCGGUUGACCGGCGAAUUCCACCGCGUCUUUACAUUUCCAGCGAGGGUGCAACAAGAUUUGGUCAAAGCCAAUCUCAGAAAUGGUAUCUUGUCACUUUCAAUACCGAAAGAACCUGCUCCGAAGGUGAAGAAAAUCCGCAUCGAAUAGACCAUCGAGCUUGGACGUUCCAAUUCUGGACCAUGGUGUCUUCCAGGGGUCGAUAUGCGCGGAAUUCUUUGGGCAUGUUUAUGUCGGAUCUGCUUGAGGGUUUUUGUUGUUUUCUAUAAGCUAUAGGGUACUUGUACAAUGAGCAAUAAUCAAGCUUCUUGCAACUUAUGAUUUGAUCUUUUUUUCCCUUCUCUCGUACGCGUAGGACAUCAGUGCAGAAAAAGCCCAAAGGGCCGUUGAGUCACACAAUCAGGUAAUUGUCCUCAUAGGAUGAGGACGAGCGCCAUGAUGAUGUAUGGAAAGUGGUAACCUGAUUUUCCGCACCAAGGACCAUCAAGUAAACUUAUACAUUUGACAAGAAUGCAUAGAAUGAAAACGUGUAAACGAUA